AUGAAGCAGGAUAGGCUCUGGGUUAAGUGGAUGCAUACCUACUAUAUACAUCAGAGAGAUUUCUGGACCAUGCCAGUUCCUAAUGGCCUUACUUGGUCAAUGAGGAAAAUUUGGCAUCAAAGGGAAUUGUUGUUGCAAGUUGGGGAUGGAAGUCAGUUUGUGGUAGCUGGUAAAUUCAAGAUUCAUAAAGCUUACAAGCAACUGCAUCAGAGUGGUGUUCAGGUGCCCAGGAAAAGACUGAUCUGUAAUAGUAAGGCUAGCCCUAAGAGUACAUUUGUUGUGUGGUUAGCAGUCCAAAAUAGGCUUGCUACCAAAGAUAGGCUGAUCAAAUGGAAUGUUAGUGUUGUUAGUACUUGUGAGCUGUGCAAGCAGUAUGAUGAGGACCUGAAUCAUCUGUUCUUCUCUUGCAAGUUUUCUUCUGAAGUUUGGCAGUUGGUUCUGAAUGACAUGGAAAUUCACAGGAGUGGUUUACAGUGGCAUGAAGAAGUGGAUUUGGCAGUUAAGAAGAGUAGGAGCUCAAAGAAGACUGAUACUACCUAUGCUAUGGCUUUCAUUGAGACUGUUUAUGGGAUUUGGUUGCAAAGAAACUCCCAAAUCUUCUCUAGCAAGGUUGAUCCCCCAAAGGUGGUUGCUAACAGGAUUCUUUUCUGUGUAGCUUGUAGACAGUAG